GGGCGAGAAGGAGAAGCCAGCGGAGGGGAGAAGCGGCGAGAGAUCGUCGGCGCGGUUUGGUGGGGAUGAAAGGGCGGCCGACGCAAGCGCGACUCGCGACAGAACGGCUUCGCGCGGCGACGCUCAGUCUCGUCCGUCGCAAUCCAGUGCAGAUAUACGUGCAAUUACCUUGUCAACAGUGCUUAAAAUCCCCCGUUCGUGCUCUCGUGGCCGCGCUCUCUCGUUGGCACGCGGUGAUCGAUAACGCGCAACGCGCCGCCGUCGAUCGCGAUUACCGUCUCGCGACGCGAUCGUCCGAAGGAGGGAAUAAUAGAAGAAAAAAAACAGAUAAACAAGGAGGAGGAAGGAAAAGACACGCGCGGAAAAACGCACGGCCCGCGAAGGAGAGGUGGGCAAAGGGGUAGCGGCGAGAGAAGAGAGAGAGGAAGCACGGGGGGUGUACGGUUCGAGGAGGCGCGCGGACAUAAAUCCGAGCGGUUUCCGGCGAUUUUGAAUCGGGCGCUCUCUCUCUUUCUUUCGGUGCGUCGCGUGAGAAGCGAGCAGGGAGCGGCGAAAAGUUUGACACGGUGAACGGCGUGUCCCGGUGGCGCGUCUCAUUCCGGCAACGUGCGUCGAGUGGCAACGUCGAGUGUGUCUCGGCGAUCCAGCGGGUGUGCGACGGCGACAAAGACGACGUCUCUCGUCGAAGCGGUGACAGUAAGCGACGAGACAAAAGAGCGCCGGUAACGGGCGGCAGAUGUGGUGCCGGGUAGUUCUGCGUAGUUCCGUUUGCGCGACCUAACUGAGCCGCGAGUGUACCAGUGUGUCAGCGCGCGUGAGUGAGCCCGGAAGCCGAUCGUGAGGAAGCAGGAUUCACCCCGAGGACUCCGCUAUCGAGAUGAAGACUCGCCACCUGUGGCUAGAAGCGGCCGUCGCUCUCCUCGCGAUGACAGGUGGGAGCUGCCUGCGAGAGGUCAGUCUGGAACUAGUCCCGGAUGUGGUGCAGCGCGGCCAGGAGGUGAUUCUACGGUGCCAUUAUGAUCUGGAGAAUGCGCCGCUCUACUCCCUCAAGUGGUACCGCGGCAGGUACGAGUUCUACCGGUUCUCGCCCAGCGACGACCCCGCCACGAAGGUCUUCAACAUCACCGGGAUUUAUGUCGACAUCGCCAAUUCGAACAAGAGCCAAGUGACACUUUACAACGUCGACUUCCACCUCUCGGGCACAUUCAGCUGCGAAGUCACAGCGGACGCGCCCACCUUCUCCACGGCCUCCGGCCUAAAAAAUCUCACCGUAGUAGCUCUGCCCGACGGAAGGCCCGUUAUCGCAUCGGAACGUGAGCGCUACGACCCGGGAGACAUGCUGAGGGCAAAUUGCACCCUGCCGCCGUCGAGGCCACCGGCUUACCUCUCAUUCACGCUGAACAACAUGCCGGUGGAGACCGUGAAGUACCCGAUGAAGGACGAGGAGGGGCCGCAAUUGGGCGAAGUCAGUCUCACCCUGCAACCGUUCCAUUACACGAACGGCCAGCUGACUCUACGUUGCACCGCGCAUAUCCCCGGCAUAUACUCGGCGGUGAGCGAGCUGCAGCUCGGCGCGGGUGUACGCGAGCCAGUGCCCGAAAGAGUGACCUCAGAAAACGGAAGUGGCACGCAUACAACAAUGACCUUUGUGACAAUACUCUGCCUGGGCAUGCUCCAUCUGCUUCUGAGAUAGUCACGAUACGCCUGAGACCACGAGAAGGGAGCUCACGGGCGUCGCAUGAUAAAUAGCACACUAGUCAGCGGGAGGGCCUGGAGGAGGAGGAGACGACGGAGGGAGAGUUUGAGGACCGCGUAUGGACGGCGCAGAAACAAACGAUAUUGUUAAAACCGAUAUGACUACUUUAAGUCUCUCUCUCUCUUUCUCUCUCUUUCUUUUUUUCUUUUCUCUCUUUCUUCGUCUAGUGCAUCGAGUUCUACAUUUCUUCGGGGCGAGUGUAGGGUCGUGAAUUCCGCGUGUUUGAAUCCCACACCUCGGCCCCCAUUUGCGCUCGUUACUGCCAUCGAUCGUUGACAGCAGCACGACGGGUACCAGGUUGCGGCUGGUGAAACCGUUUUUUGGGAGUACACGAGUACAUUGCCACUGUGAUUAGAAUCAAAAGAACACGACAUUUAACAUUUGAUACUUCCGCCGACCAAGAUCGUGGAUUGUUGUACCGUUAUACUUUACAAUUGCCGUUUCCUUUGUAUAGCUCGUUAUUUUGUAAGACUCCCGGUUUACAUGCGGAUCGUUUCUCGUUUGUCUUUUCGACGUACACGGACAAACAGGGAGGGACGGAGAGAGAAAGAGAGAGAGAGGAAGAAAGAGAAAAGGAGGGAGAGAAAGGACGACGAGCGCGCGUUGCCAGUCAAGGGUUAACGCGCGUCCCGGAUUGGACCGCGCCCGGUGGAGAGAUAGGUAAUCGGAUGAAGCAUCGCUGCAACCUAAAUCCGCCGAAUUUGGGAGGAUCCGCUGCGACGCGCUUCACGUCACCGGAGAAUCGAAAACGGAGAAGAGCGUAGCCAAUUAGUCGCGUGCCAUUACUGUCACAACGCUCAAUUUGACGUACGACGAGUAAUGAACAAAAGGGACGCGUUCUCGAGGCCGGAGGAAAGCGACUGCGAGAAAAAGAGGGCAAGGGACAGGACUUUGAAGUCGAAUGCACGUAUACGUCUAUAGGUGCUUGUACACAGUUCGCCUCCGAAGGAUUUGCGAUCCUUGCCACGAUGAACAGAAAAAGGGAGAAAGAGGCGCGUGUACAUGGGUGUGAGUGAGUGUGUGUUUGUUUGCGCGCGUAUAUGUGCGCGCGAGUGAGCGAAAGAAAGGAGGAGAGAGAAAGGACAGAGCGAGGGAGUGAGAGACGUUCUCUCCGCUACACCGCUGAUGAGAGAGAGAGAGAGAGAGAGAGAACCGAGCAGGAGCCACGGUAAGAUCGCACAAAGCAGGAGGAACGGAUAAAGCGGUGCGAAAAGUUUUCGCAUACCGGCCAAGGAGGAAAAAGAGAGAAAGAGAAGCUGCAUCCGUCGCACGACCUUCUCGUACUACCACCACCACUGCCAUCGCUCCGGUAACAACGCGCGCUCGAAUAUCUCCCCGUUGCACCCGGCAAAGACGAAUGCCAUCGUACGCGAUUCGAGUCCAUUCGUCCAUUGUCCAAACGCCCGGGCUCGCUCGCGUACGCGGAUCAAUGUCGCGAAUUUCGAAGCGGAGGGUGCCGUGCGAACACACACACACACUCUCUCUCUCUCUCGGGUCAGAGCGCGUGGUGGCUGACUCUUCCUUUUUUACUCCGCGCAUUCUCGUUUUUCGCAUUUUACAUGCGGGAGAACGACGUGGCUACUGCCGCCGCUGCCGUGGGCCGCUGCGGGCGAACGCAGCCGUAGACGGCGCACGUAUGUACUUACGCCGACCGUUAUUGCCCGACCGCGUGCGGUCGGCUCCCUAACGAGUUUGUUGCUUGAUCGGUCGCUCUUUAACGGCGCCGAGAAAGAGAGAAAAAGAGAGGGAAAGAGAGAGAGGCCUGUUUCUCUCUUUCUCUAGCCCCCUUUUCCCCCUUUUGUCCUUUUUCUCACUUCACAUCUCGCGACACGAUACAUGUCUCUUCUCUCGCCGCUUUAUCGCUCUCCUUCGUGGACUCCUUCCGAAAGGUAACGUUUAAACUGGACGACACGUUCCUCCGAUCGUUCGUGUCGUAUCGAGUUCUAGGUGAGUAUCGUCACUUUCUCUCACUCUCUCUCUCUCUCUCUCUCUCUUUCUUUCUCUCCCUCUCUUUCUCUCUGCAGGCAUACGACGUCGUCGGCCGUAUAAUCUAGAGGAGGGCCCGUUUCGAGAUCGAUUUAUCGGAGGAGAUUGAGGAGAAAACCGCCGUUGGGAAAAGGCGGCACGAACGUUGCGUUUUUCAUUCUUCUCCCGCCCACUGCCUCUUUAUUAAACGGACGAUAAAGCCCGCAGACGAUUCCGCGCGUCUAUAAGCCGGUUAUAUACGCGCAGCUUGUUCCUUCAUCCUGAGCACACACAGGAAUCGCCGUAUUGUCCCUUUUCCCCUUCCUCCAUCCUUGCGCAGGACGUCCCACCCUUCUUACGUUUUCACCGCGCGCGCACACACAUACGGCGUUUGGCACGAGCUCACGAGAACUUGCGAAUCUCGUCGGACGCGUAACGCGCAGCGUACGCGUGAAACCGCACGGAAGUUCGCGAAAGAGACGCGCCCGGACCGUCUCCUAUUUUCCGCGCGAAUGGAUUCGUCGCGUCUCCGGCGCGGCUAAAUCGCGCAAAGUCGAAUUGUGAAAGUCGGUGUCGAUCGUGCUGAUAUAAUUCGCGCAACCCACGAAACGAAAGAUCGGCCAGUCCCGAUAGUCUCGGACGAAAAAUGCGCUCUCCGAAAGUCGUAGGAUUGUUAAUUUAUAGCGAUGACCGUGAACGUUAAGUUUUAAAGGUAGAAGCAGAGUGAUUACGUAAGGUUUUUACGAUCAUAUUAUCGAGAUUUGAUUUGUUACACGUAGAUCCGCGAAGUGAUUUCUUCUCACUUUCAUUUUUCUUUCAUUUCUUUUUUAAUUUACAGGGACAGAACGAGGAGAAAUAUUACCGUGCGAACGAGUGCAUGAAUUAUACCACCGUGUAAUUUCGUGAAAGUUUCAGUUUCAGGGAUGAAAUGUGGCGGCGACGGGGUGAUUCCCUGGCGAACGGUUAACCUUCGCGCGCUUUAGGUGAAGCUCGUUUUUGUAAGUGGGUAGAUGAGAUAAAGGAUUCGUUACUAAUAGUUUAUCGAGGUCCCCAAACAAGUAAAGAUAACCUCUCCGAGAUGAAAUCAAACUUAUCGCAAUCGGAUAUAACAUAAACUCACAGAUUUUAGAGAUACGGUACAGAUAGAAAUAUAUUUCAUUAAGCCGAACUCUUUUCUCAAUUCUACUUAAGUUUUAAGUCUUUAGUUUUAAGAUCCGCUACGAGUCGUCACAUUAUUGUUUUUUAAGUAUUAUACUACAUUUUUCGUUAAUGUAAAUACUUAUUUUUACGAAGCAUAAUAAACUAUUGCAUGAACCAUUGUCUCUAGUUUUUUCUUUCAAUGAUGUUGAUCACCCCCGCGCUCCGCUGACGGCUGCUUUAUUUUCCGGCAGUUUUCCGCAUGCUGUUGGAACUUUGUUUGCGCAGAUCUGCGACGAUCUUUCUUUCUUACAUCAUAGAUUCAAAAGGCGAAGACGGUCGCGAUGCCGUGAACCACUUCGUGCGAGCGAAUGCCGUUAACAUAGUCUUGCAAAACCCUCAUCUACAAGAACCGUGCGGAAUCUCGCGUAGAUGAAGCGAUUACCUUGAGAGUUUGCGUUUCGGGUAGAACUCGUUUUUGUAAAUAGCGGGCUGAGAUCAAAUCGAAUACCUCGCGGAUACUUAAUUCGCCCGGGGUGCUUUCGAGGAUUUUGCAACAACCCCCUCGAGAUUAAAUUAAACUCGUUCGUGUUCACCGUAGGGUUCGCUACGUUAAGUUCAAUGUAAUUCUCAGCAGCGUGGAAAACGAGAAAAAUGUAGAG